AUGAAGCUUCCAGUUUUCUUCAAUUCAUACUUCACACCCAUCUUGGAUACAAAUUUCCACAUUGGGGAAGUAAUGGCUUUGACUAGGUUACUUCAAGCCACAUAUGGUGUUAAUAUUCUCUCAGAGUUGGUUCUUCACCUGUUGGUGACUGUCAUCCUAGCAUUGGUGUUAGGCGAUGGAGUAGAAGAGGUCUGGGUUAGUAAGACAAUAGAUGACUUGCUGCGGUGUGGAAUUUGCUUUGAAUACUUCAACAUUGCAAUGAUGAUUCCUCAGUGUUCGCAUAACUACUGUUCUCUCUGUAUAAGGAAAUUUCUGUCUUACAAAACUCAGUGUCCAACUUGUUGUGUGACAGUCACAGAACCAGAGCUGAGAAAUAACCGAGUACUAGAUGAACUGGUAAAAAGUUUGAAUGUUGCACGGAAUCACCUGUUGCACUUUGCCUUCAAGUCACCAGAGUCACCACCCACAUUGUCUCUUGCUUCCUCUUCUUCAAAGAACCAUACUGCUAAAGCACAUACUCCUUUUGACUUCAGACAUUCUCUAAAGCAAAAUUUCUUGACCCGAGAAAUUGGUGGUUCUACAUCAAAAUUAUUGCCAAAAGAAAACAAAAGUGAAUUCAGCCAUCAAGAAAAGAGGAACACUUGUGCAAAGAUAAAAGAGACACCUUCUGUAGAAGAUGCAGCUCCAGGGCCUUCAGGUAUUAUUCCAGUGACACCCUCUACAUCCACUUUGAAACACGUAACUAAAGUGGACUGUCCUGUUUGUGGUGUUAGUGUUUCAGAAAAUCAUAUUAACCGGCACUUAGACAGCUGUUUAUCACGUGAAGAAAAGAAAGAAAGCCUCAGAAGUUCUGGUCACAAAAGGAAGCCACUUCCCAAAAUUGUGUAUAACCUGCUCUCUGAUCGUGACUUAAAGAAAAGGCUAAAACAGCAUGGAUUAUCUGUUCAAGGAAAUAGACAACAGCUUAUUAAAAGACAUCAAGAGUUUGUACAUAUGUACAAUGCCCAGUGUGAUUCUCUGCAUCCUAAAUCAGAAGCGGAAAUCGUUAAAGAAAUUGAAAAUAUAGAGAUGACUAGGAUGCGUCUGGAAGCCAGUAACCUGAAUGAAACUAUCAUGGUGUUUACAAAGGACCAAACAGAAAAGGAAAUAGAUGAAAUCCACAGAAUAUAUCGUGAAAAACAUCAAAAUGAAUUUCAUCGUCUGGUAGAUCAGGCUAGAAAAGGUUACAAGAAAACUGCUGGCAUGUCAAAAAAAGUACCAAAAGAAAAAGAAUCCUCAGAAAACCCAGUAUCGGUACAUACGGGGCAGGUAAAGAAUGAAAUUAAAUUCCCAGACAAGGUCUCGGUGGCAAACCAUUUACAUCAGCCGCAGCUGGGCUCCCUUGGAAAAUUAGAGUCUGAUCAGUCAGAUGAUACUUCAGGUUGUACUGAUAUUCAAGAAGCUGCUUCUUCACCAGAAUCAGAUUCAUUUAAUAGUUCUAGUUCAGACAUCAUAAGAGAUCUUCUAGAAGAAGAGGAAGCCUGGGAAUCAUCACAUACCCACGAUUGUCAAGACACAGAAGAAAUUCCAAGAUUGGCCCGCCGCAAAAGAGCAGCUGAAAGUACUGCAGUUGAACCAAGAAGUAAACAUAACAAGAAUUAG